GACAACCCUGUUUCAGUGCCAUUCUAGCCUCGCGUCGCGUUUGGAAUUGCGUGAAUCGAACUUUAAGAGAACUGUGGAAAUCAAUUGGGAAAACAAAACACAACAAAAUGAAUCAUCUGAAGUGGAUGGGCCACUCCACCACGCUCAUGGAGAUACAGCGUUCGCUGCGCAAUGACAAUCAGACCUGCGAGGUGGUCCUGGCCUCCAGGGACGGCACCCGGGUACGCGCCCAUCUCUUCGUGCUAAGCACCUGCAGCGACCUGAUGCGGAACAUCCUGGUGGACGUGCCGCCGGGUCAGGAGGCCACCAUCAUUCUGCCCGACAUACGCGGCGAGCUGCUUGAGAGUAUGAUGUCGUUCAUCUACAUGGGCGAGACGAGUCUGUCGUCCACCUCCCUGUCCGAGUUCCUCGAGGCCAUCAACCUUCUGGGCAUUAAGUCUGCCAUCAGUUUUGAGUGCAAUCCCACCGUGAGUCCGCCCAGUGCUGAUGCAGGCAACGGAUCGCUGGCCGUGGAGACGGCCAAGUCGAUAACUGGCCUGCAGAUCGCCCAGGCCGAGCUGCUGGACGAGGGGGAGGAGGAAGAGGGCGAGAACCCGAUGGUCACCGUGCCGGGCACAGUUCUGGCCGAGCCCAGUCGCCCGCUGGAGUACCUAGACGUGUAUGAUGCGCCGAAGAUCACUUACUCCAUCGAGCACAUGGAUGGCAACACGAACAGCAGCCAGUUUAUACUCACUGAGAACACAGGCACCUUUACCAUCACUCAGUCCGCCUCGAGUUUGUCUAAGAUAGAUACCCAGGGCAAUGCGCAGGAGAACGCCGAGCUGGGCGACGAGGAUGUGGAUGAGGAUGCCACCGACGAGCCCGAAGAGCCAGACACACAGAUAAUGGAGGAGGACUACACUCCAACCGAUCCUCUAAUUGAGCUAAACGCUGCCGCCGAAAUGGACGACGAUGACAACAUGCACGAGGAUUUGGUGGACGAGGAGGACAUCCUGGACAUUAAGCCACGUAAGCUGGGCGGCGGCGGAAAGUCGCGUGUACGUCGUCCGCACAAUACAAGGGCCGCCAAGCGUCAACUGCCCCCUAAGCCCCAUCGACAGGAACAGUAUGGAUCGCUGAAGCGCGAGGUAAAGGAUGACAUCAACGACGCCUUGGAUCUAGCAGCGGAUGCUGUUAUCCUCGAGGGACUGAGCCUGCAAAAGGCUGCCGACCGCUUUGACAUCUCCAAGACGGUCCUGUGGCGUCGCGUGCGCACCAAUCCCGCCUAUAUGCGGAGUAAUCGCGAAAGGCCAGCGCUUCUGGAGGCUUACGAGCGUCUGAAGAACGGCGACUCGUUGAAGAACAUUAGCCAGGAUCUCCGCAUACCAAUGUCCACUCUGCACCGUCACAAGGUCCGUCUAUCGGCCCAGGGCCGCCUGCCAAAUUUUGUGGCCUGCCGCCGUCGGGACUCGACACCAAAGGACGAGCUGCGCGACAAGCUAGCCAAGGCGGUCCAUGCCUGCAUCAACGAGGGCAUGUCGCAAAACCACGCAGCCAAUUUGUUUGAGAUCCCCAAGAGCACGCUCUGGCGACAUCUGCAGCGACGGAUGUCGAACCAGGAUCGGAAGGUGAAGAAGGAACUGCAUGACGAGUACGAUGACGUGCUAAACUAGAGGGAGAAUAUCGCCACCGAUUCUCUGAUAAGCUACACCCGUAAGGAGCUAUAGGUUAAGCGUUUUAAGUGAAUGCGUUCUCCCAUCAAUAUCCAUCGUCCUUCAAAAGAAAAGCUCGAGUUCUUUAAUCCUUUGACUUAACCAAUAUGACAGUAAUAAUAGCGGAGCAGAAGCUACAAUAGACGUAGUUACUUAGAAAUAGCUCUACUUGUAGAUACCAUUAGCAUGCCCCACUGUUCGCAUCUUCAUAAUUAGAUAAUUGUGAAUAAAUUAAUAAAACCAAA